GUUGGCUGCUGUUCGCCUCAUCCCUCGGCUUGUGAGUCGGAGGAAGCGUGCGAACACAAGACCCCGAUCGGUGGAGGGGAAAUCCAUCCAUCCACCCUUCCCUUCAUCCAUCCAUCCAGCAGGAGGAGGAGGAGGAGGAGGAGAGGGAGCAGCGGCGGCAGCAUCCCCCGGCCUCCCUCGCGCUCCGCUCGGACUCCAGGACCGCUGCUGCCCGGUGAAGCCCUGAAGUGAGAUGGAGUCGUCAGACGAUGAUACUCUGAGCGAGCGCUCCUGCGUCAGCGAGCCGUCCUUCCGUAGCGAGCGCUCAGGGGGGUCGUUGUCCCCGUGUCCAUCGGGGCUUGUGGGGCCUCCAGGAGACACUCUGCCAUGGAACCUGUCCAAACACGAGAGGAGGAAGAGGAAGAGCCAGGACUCGGUGCUGGACCCGGCGGAGAGGGCGGUGGUUCGUGUCGCAGAUGAGCGAGACAGGGUGCAGAAGAAAACCUUCACCAAAUGGAUCAACAAGCAUCUCAUCAAGGUGAGGAAGCACAUCACAGACUUGUACGAGGACCUGAGGGAUGGACACAACUUAAUUUCCUUGCUGGAGGUCCUCUCUGGAGUCACCCUGCCCAGAGAAAAAGGGAGAAUGAGAUUUCAUCGACUGCAGAAUGUCCAAAUAGCUCUGGACUUCCUCAAACAGAGACAGGUCAAACUUGUGAACAUCAGGAACGAUGACAUCACAGAUGGAAACCCCAAACUGACGUUGGGUCUCAUCUGGACCAUCAUCCUCCACUUCCAGGUCUGUGCCCCUCACUUGCUCCUGCUGUCCUGCAGACAGCGUCGUACUCUGUUCAAUCACUACAGCGGGACUCUCGCUCCCAUGGCUCCCGGUCGAGCGACGCCCUCAUCAGACACAGAAGCUCUUUUUUCAUGCUUCAUUUUCUGCAACAUGGAGCUUUCGGAAAAAAAGGUCGUGAACUGUUUGCAGUUGCUGCAGUUGACCACUAGACUGCGCUGGGACGUGACCCUGCAAGGUGAAACUGCCAGCCUUGUCGCUAUGGAAACACUAGUGCAUGACACCACGGCAACUGUUUCGGUGGGCAUGACUCAGCAGAACACGGUGCAACUGAGACAGAGGGAGAUGCAGGAGGAGGACGAGAGGACUAAACCGGGGAAAAUGGAGAGAACGGAGAACUGGAGGAGAGAGGGAGUCGUAACUGCAGAACAGUCCGAGUUCAUCCGGGUGCGAGAGCUGAUGACAGUUUCACAUUAG